AUGAACGAACCCAUCGCCAUUAUAGGCAGUGGGUGUCGACUGGCUGGGGGGUGUGAUUCUCCGUCGACGCUCUGGACUCUCCUCCAACAGCCCUACGACGUCUCCCAAGACAUCCCUCCUCAUCGCAUCCCUCCCUCACGCCACAAUGCUUCCCCGCGGGGGUAUUUCCUUUCCCAGGAUGUCGCCAAGUUUGACGCCUCCUUCUUCAGCCUGAAUCCCUUGGAGGCGCAAGCCAUGGACCCGCAGCACCGCCUGUUACUGGAGACCGUCUACGAGGCGCUGGAGGAGGCAGGACUGACGAUCGAGCGACUGCGUGGCUCCGAUACCGCCGUCUACACGGGCGUGAUGUUCCAUGACUAUCUGGCGCUGAGUAGCCAGGACCCGGACGCCAUCUCCACGUAUCACAUCACGGGCACCGCGCCGAACAAGGCCUCGAAUCGCAUUUCCCACUUCUUCGAUUGGCAUGGUCCGUCAGUGACGGUGGAUACCGCCUGCUCCUCAAGCCUGGUCGCUCUCCACCACGCGGUGCAGCAGCUGCGGACGGGGGCAUCGCACUUGGCCGUGGCGGCAGGGGCGAACCUGCUUCUGGACGGCCGCCCCUUCAUCGGAUUCAGCAAUCUGAGCAUGCUCUCCCCGACCGGCAGCUGCAAGAUGUGGGACACUCGCGCCGAUGGAUACGCCCGCGGGGAGGGGAUUGUGGCAGUCCUGUUGAAGCCGCUUUCCCGCGCCCUCGCCGACGGCGACGACAUCCAGUGCGUGAUCCGAGAGACCGGGGUCAACCACGACGGACGCACCAGUGGCAUCACUCUGCCCAGCGCCUCGGCGCAGGUGAGCCUGAUCCGUGACGUAUACCGUCGCGCGGGCCUGGAUCCCACGCAGCCGCGCGACCGACCGCAGUAUAUCGAGGCCCAUGGCACCGGUACCCAGGCCGGAGAUCCGUUGGAGGCAGAAGCACUCGCCACCGCAUUCUCGCUCACAUCCCCUGCGGACGAUAGCGAGGCCGGCCCGUCGGUGUGGGUCGGCAGCGUCAAGACAGUCGUCGGCCAUACCGAGGGCGCGGCGGGCCUGGCAGGCGUCCUGAAAGCGUCGUUGGCCCUACAGCAUGAGCGAAUCCCACCCAAUUUGGGCUUCCAAACGCUGAACCCGAAGGUCGCCCCAUAUUGUACGCGCUUGACGGUCCCUACCGGGGCCGAGCCCUGGCCAUCAAUGUGCGCCGCGACGGACCCUCGUCGAGCCAGCGUCAACAGCUUCGGUUUCGGAGGCACCAACGCCCAUGUCAUUUUGGAGUCCGUUACGCUCCAGGACGCCGUUCUGACCGCUGCUGGGGAUGCCUCGCCAUCGCUGACGCCGGUCUCAUCGUCGCUUCUGCCGUAUGUCUUCUCAGCUGCGUCAGAACGGUCGUUGGUGGCGAUGCUCAAGCGAUACGACGAACACCUGCAGGCGCAUCUCUCAAUCGAGCCUGCCCACCUCGCGUCGACCCUGGCCGACCAGCGAUCCCUUCUCCCCGUGCGCAUUCGCUUCCCCGCUUCCCCAAUCAAAGCAUUGCAAGAAGAUAUCGCCAGGGUUCUCGCUGGAGAUUCCCCCCCGUCGGCAGCUGGCCACCGCUCCCCAUUCCGCGAAUCGCGCAUCCUGGGCAUCUUCACGGGUCAAGGCGCGCAGUGGUCGCAGAUGGGGGCGGGCCUGCUCGCCACGUAUCCACCGCUGGCCGCAAUUCUUGAGCGGCUGGACGCCGCCCUGCAGUCGUUGCCCGAGGAGGACCGACCAGACUGGUCCCUGCGCGAGGAACUACAACGACCGGCCGAGACCUCGCGGCUGGAGGUCCCCGAGAUCUGCCAGCCCGCCUGCACCGCGGUGCAACUCAUGCUCGCGCACCUGCUGCAAGCCGUCGGCGGCGUCUCGUUUGCCGCAGUGGUGGGCCAUUCCUCAGGGGAGAUCGCCGCCGCCGUGGUCGCCGGGUUCCUGGAGCCCGAGGACGCAAUCCGCAUUGCCUUCUACCGCGGCCUGCACGUCGGCCGCGUGCUCCCGACGCUGCCCAAGGAGGGUCGCAUGCUGGCCGCUGGGCUGUCGCAGGCGCAGGCCGAGGAGCUGGUCGACACCGUGGCGUUUGAGGGCCGCCUCGCGCUGGCAGCCGUGAACUCCUCGGCCAGCGUGACGCUCUCGGGCGACGCGGACGCGGUGGCCGAGGCUCAGACCUACCUCGACGAGGGCAAGGUCUUCAACCGGCUGCUGAAGGUCGGCACCGCCUACCACUCGCAUCAUAUGCGCGCGUGCGCCGCCGCGUAUCAUGCGGCGCUGGUCCGGUGUCACAUCCAGGUCUUGCGGCCUCCCGCCGGCGACGAGGCCCCGCGCUGGUAUUCGAGCGUUCGGCCGGACCAGGUCAUGGUCCAUGGUGAGCAGCAUGAUGCUCACGAGCUGGCCGCCUCGUAUUGGGUGGACAAUCUGGUGAAUCCCGUGCUCUUCCAGCCGGCGCUUUCCCACGCGCUGACAGACCCGGACACGCCAGAGGUGAAUUUUUGUCUCGAGCUGGGCCCCCAUCCGGCGCUGCAGGGCCCGGCCACGCAGACGAUGCUCGAGAGCCGCGGUGGGGCCCUCCCUUACUCGGGUACCCUGCAUCGCAGCAAGCCAGAUGGAGUCGCGGUGUCGGAAUGUCUGGGGGACUUGUGGGUGCAUCUGGGUCGUGCCGGAGUGCCCCGUCUCCAGGCCUUCGGGCUCACAGUGCCAGGAACUCGUCGUCCACGGCUGACGGGCCUGCCCAGGUAUCCCUGGGAUCAUGAGCAUAGCUUCUGGCUCCCAGCGCCGUCGCCGCGCUCCAAGAGACAACUGGUCACGCAGCAUACUAUAUGUAAAAGCCCGGUUCACAGCUUGCUGGGGUCCCGGGAUGAGCUGGAUGGGGGAGUGGGCAGGGGCUCCGUGUGCCGCUGGUCGAAUGAGUUGCGUGUCGAGCAGCUGGACUGGCUCCGGGGACACGUCCUCCAAGGCCAGGUCAUCUUCCCGGCCACGGGAUAUCUGGCAUUGGGGGUGGAGGCCGCGCUGCAGGUGGCGGCAGGGCGACCAGUGCAAGCGAUCACUCUCGAGGACGUGCACUUCCUCAAGGCUCUUCGGGUAGACGAGGAGGCUGGCGCCAACAUCGCCGUCACGCUGCAUGUGUCUCACGAUGAGGAGCAGCUGGUGCAGGCGAGGUGCACGGUGGAUCUGGAUGUGGACCGGACAGAGGAGACGAGCCGGUCCACCAGCGCUGCGGCCACGAUGAACAUCACGGUCCAGCUGGGCAACCUGGUUGAGGACCUUCUGCCCGAAGCAGGGACCUCGUCGCCUGCCUCACGAGCGAUGGCAGAGCUGGAUCCCGGACACAUGUACAGCCAUCUGGCCCAGCUCGGCUAUGAAUACAGCGGCCCCUUCCAGCGGAUUGCCCGCCUCCGUCGAUCUCUAGGACAGGCAAUUGCACAGGUGGACUGGACAACUGACGCGACGGCCGACGAACCAGGGCUUCAUCCGGCUUUGCUGGACAAUGCCGUGCAGGUUCUGUUCUCGGCCUUCACGGAUCACCGGGACGGGGGUCUGUGGACCCUGUACAUGCCCGUCUCGAUCGAGCGGGUGGCAAUCAACCUGCCGCUCUGCAACAGUCUGGGGGAAGGUGAUCCCCCUCAAUUCAAGGUCGAGAGCUAUGUGCAGCAGGCCGACCCGCACGGGAUUUGUGGCGAUGUCGCCCUGUUCAAUGCCGCCGGGCAAGGGCUCGUCCAGAUGGAACGCCUCAACACCAUGCCCGCCUCCCCGGCCACGGCCGACAACGAUCUCCUGCUGUUCUCCGAGACGCGCUGGGAGGUGGCCGAGCCCAACGGCGAGCAGGCCCUCGGCAGUCGACGCGCAUCGCCGGCAAUGCUCACCAAAGCCCUCGACUGGGAACGCGUGGCCCUGUAUUAUCUCCGUCAGAUCAGCGGGCAGUUCCUCGACGCGGAGACAGGGAAGAUGCAAGCAACGACCGCGGAGAUUGACCCGCACCACGUCGCCUUCCUGGACUUCUGCGCCUGGCUGCAGGAGAGCGUCCGGACGGAGCAACACCAGUACGCGCCUCCGCAGUGGUUGCAGGACACGGCGGAGGACAUCGAGCAGAUUCGCAGCCGAUACUCGCCCGAAGAUAUCGAUUUCCGACUCAUCCAUCUAGCGUGGGAAGUUCUGCCCGCGGUCAUCCGCGACGAUACAACGAUGCUGCAGAGCUUCAUGGCGGAUGACACGCUGAGCGAGUGGUAUCAGAACAGUCUGGUGUGCGCGCCGGCCCAGGAGCCGCUGGGGGCGAUCAUCGGCCAGCUCGCCCAUCGCUAUCGCCGGCUCCAGGUGUUGGAGAUCGGCGCGGGCACGGGCUGCGCCACGCGCUCCGUCUUGCCCGCCCUCGGCGACGCUCUCGCGCGCUACAUGUUCACCGACGUGUCGGCGGGCUUCUUCGACAAGGCGGCGCAGCAGUUCGCCCCUUACGCUGACCGCAUGGACUUCCAGACCUUCGAUCUCGACGUCGAUCCCGGGGAGCAGGGCUUCGAGGAAGGCAGCUAUGAUGUUGUUGUCGCUUAUGCGGUGUUGCAUGUGGCGGCCUCGCUGCGGGAUGCCCUACGUCGGGUCCGGCGGUUGCUGAAGCCCGGCGGCUUUCUGGUCCUGACUGAGGUGCUGGGCGAUGGACCCAUGGCGUUGGGGCUGAUUUUCGGAGGCUUCACGGGCUGGUGGGCUGGCCGCGAGGAAGGGCGUCGCUACUCGCCCACGGUCUCGCUGGAGGCGUGGCAGGAGCUGCUUGUGGCCACCGGGUUCUCGGGCGUUGACACGCACACGCCGCUGAAGGAUCCCAUUGCCUGGCCGAUCAGUGUCAUGGUGGCGCAAGCGGUGGACAAUCAGGUUGACUUGACGCAAGCGCCGCUCCUCGCCUUGUCGUCGCCAGAGCCGGUCAUGGAGGAGCUGGUCAUCGUCACCUCCGCGCUCAGCUUCCCCGGAGAUGAGGUUCUGCGGGGAGUGCAGACGCAGAUGACGACCUAUACGCGCCACCUUACGCUCGUCCACUCGUUGGAGGAGCUGCAUGGCGCUUCAUUUCCCACGAAGCCGACGGUACUCAACCUGGCCCACCUGGACCCGGAAAGCCUGGAGCCGUCGGAAGGGGCCUGGCAAGGGCUGCAGACUCUCGUGGACUCGGCCCGCCAUAUGCUCUGGGUGACCGAUGACUAUCGCGCGGGAAAUGCGUCGUCGGCUCUCUCCGUUGGUCUGGGGCGAUCUCUCCUCCAUGAAAUGCCCCAUUUGCGCCUGCAGAUGCUCGAUCUCAGCCGCGGAGUUGAGCCCGAUACGGCCGUGACAGUCAUCGUCGAGAGCCUCCUCCGGCUGGUCAGCACAAGCGACGACCCGGGCAGACUCUGCACCUUCGAGCCGGAGCUGGCCCUGGAUUCGAUGGGGCAGCUCCUGGUGCCGCGACUGCACCCCUUAGAGGCGGCCAACAACCGGCUCAACAGCGUCAGGCGGAAGAUCCCGGUUCCUGUCCGGGUGGACACACAAGCCUGUUCGUUGGAAUGGCAGCAGGAUACGUUCACUCUGGUCAUGAAGAGUCCCCUCUCCUCGGUGUUGGCCGAGGUUGACGUGGACUCUCUCGUUGUGCGCACGACACGCUCAGCAUUGACAGCGCUACCGACCCUGGCUGGGCCCGUCUUUCUUCACCAGGGCCUGGAUUGUGUCUCCGGUGAGACGGUGGUGGUCGCCUCGAAUGCGAUCUCGUCGAUGUUGACCGUGCCAAGACUCUCCUCCAUGAUCGUGGACCCCGAGAUGACACGUCAUCCGCAUUACUUCGAUCUUCUGGUCGCCCAUCUGGCCGUGGCAGCGGUCGUGGAGGACAUUGCGCCUGGAAGCAGCGUGCUGCUCUAUGCCAUUGACCGUGCCGCGGCGAGGCAUCAAGCAAUCUGGACCGGUCAGCUCCAAGCGAAGAAAUGCCAGGUGCACUAUUUGACGGGCAGCAAAAUACUGGCCAGUACCGCGCCGUGGGUGUAUUGCAAUCCACGAGCGCCCAGGCGAGUCGUGAGCACCGCGCUUCCCCAAAACCUUCAGGCCGUCAUCCAUCUCGCAGACACCAAUAGCAGCAUUAGGGCUGCGGCCGGGAUCCUGCAGUAUCUGCCCCGGCAUUGCCAACAAUAUGCCUCUGCCUCGGGGAUCACCCCUGAAUCUUCUUCUCUGCCGCCUCUUCUACCACAAACCGACCUGACGGAGCUUCUCGGGACCGCUCAUACAGCCGCGGAAGCUUUCAUCGGACAGACGUUGGGCGCGCAGUAUCCUGCGUAUGCGGUGUCCGAUCUCCUGAAUCGUCAGCCCGGAUCCCUAUUGGGGGUUCCCAUUGUCGACUGGACCUGCUCAACCCCUCUCCCUGUUCAGUAUCAGCCCAUCGAUGCGACUGGCACGCAGAUCCUGCGACCGGAUCGAAGCUAUUGGCUCGUAGGCCUGACCGGCGACCUCGGUCAGUCCCUGUGCGAGUGGAUGAUUGAUCGCGGCGCCCGAACGAUCAUAUUGACCAGCCGAAACCCGCAAAUGCCAGCCGACUGGGUCGACAGAUAUCGCGAAACCCACGGAGCUAACAUCAUUUCCCUAGUUGGCGACAUCACCUCGCGACCCAGCCUCCACGCCAUCUACCACACUAUCACCACCACCUACCCGCGGCUGGACGGAAUUGCCAAUGGCGCCAUGCUGAUGCGGGAGAACCUCUUCGCGCAGACCACCGCCGCCGAAGUGCACGCCGUCCUGGGACCCAAGGUCCAGGGGCUGCGCCACCUCGACGAUCUGGUCGGUGACCAACCCCUGCGAUUCUUCAUCGCCUUCUCCUCCGUCCUGGCCACGCUGGGCCAUCUGGGCCAGAGCGCCUACACCGCGGCCAACGUCGCCUCGGAGGCGCUGAUCACACGCCGCCGGCGACGCCACGUGGCGGGCUCGGUGAUCCAGAUCUCCCGCAUGACAGACGUCGGGUACGUCAAGCGGCAGCGGGGGCAGUACUCGGCCCACGAGAUGGCGCGCCUGGAGGCGUACUGUCUGCCGAUGGGGGAGCGGGCGCUGCAUGCCCUGUUUGCCGAGGGGAUUCGCGCGGGCCAGCCUUCCCCUUCACCAGGGGCACUCUCAUCAUCCCCGUCGUCGUCGGAUGCACUGGUCGAGUCGGAGUCAGCGAUCAUCACAGCUGGAAUUCCGCGGAUCACUCUGACCGACGAUCCAGAGGGUGCAGCCCAGCGCGGCGUGACGUGGGCGACCAACGCCCGCUUCUCGCACUACUGGCAGCGACAACCCCGGUUACGUGGGAGUAGUCAACGUGGCCUCCCGGGUGGAGAGAAGGAGGCGGGGACGACCGCAGCGUCGUCGACGCGAGCGCGGUUGGCACAGGCCAAAUUGCAGGCGGACGCUCGAACGAUCAUUUUCGAGGGCCUCGUCGCUAAGGUGCGGUCCAGUCUCCAUCUCCCCGCCGAUCAGCCGGUCCUCGAGCCCACGGCGCUGGUGGAUCUUGGGGUGGAUUCGUUGAUCGCGGUCGACAUCCGCGCGUGGAUCAUGGCGGAGCUGGGGGUUGAUGUGCCGGUCUUGAAGCUGUUGGCGGGCAUCACCGUGCAGGAGAUUGUGGCUGAGGCCGUGGCGGGGCUGGCGACGGUUGGGGAGGCAGAGUAG